UCAGGGAGCAGGGGGGCGGGGGGAGGGGGGGACGAGCAGCGAUGCAUUUGAGCCCAGCUCUUGUGGUGGAACACACUGAUUGGCAAGUGAGACCUUUUGUAAAAGAGAAGAAAAGCAGGCUGCCAAUAAGUGCGACUCCUCUUUUCUAAAAGAGAGAAGAAAGGCAACCUUUAGACGCAAGAAAGACAGGCUAGACGAAAUCGCAAUGCCCAUCUUGAUUUCAUACCUUCUUGGUCCUUUCACCUGAAUUUCCAACUUAAUUAUGCAGACGUUUGUUCCAAUAUUCAAUGCGCCGUGGUGACAGUGGGAUAGAUAGAGUACUCUCCCUGUCUAUGGCCGGCGGCUCUAGUUGAUCCAAUGAAGGAGAACACCGAACCCACAGCUCUCACCCCUCUCUCAACACUCUGCCCAUUCUACUUCUCUUUUUUCCUUCUUAUUCGUCUAUCAAUUGGCACUACUGCUGCUGCUGCUACAACUAGUACUAAUGGUUCUAAUUACAUCCCCACAGAUAAAAUCCUUCUUGACUGUGGAUCCUCACGCAACUCAACCGCACGCGAUGGCAGGGAGUGGGCAGGAGACUCGGCGGCCUUUAAAUCUGGUCCCGUUGAACAGGACUCCAAUAACAGUACAUCUCAAUCCUUGAGAGCUCCGUUUCAAGGAACUGCAGUUGAUCCCGUCCCUUACAUGACUGCUCGGAUCUCUCGUGCUCAAUUCACCUACUCAUUUCCGGUCAGCCCCGGCCAAAAAUUCAUCCGACUUCACUUCUACCCCACUUCGUACCCCGGAUUUGAUGCCUCUUAUCCGUUCUUCUCCGUGAAAGCCGGUCCCUUCACUCUCCUAAACAACUUCAGUGCUACACCCUUUCCUUCUGAUGAUUCUACGGAUCCACAAACUUUCUUCAGAGAAUUCUGUGUUGACGUUGCCGAGAAUCAGGAAGCACUUAAUGUGACUUUUGCUCCAGUAGUUGUGAACACCACUCCAAGGUCUGAUGUAUUCGCUUUUGUCAACGGAAUUGAGAUCUUGUCCAUGCCCACCAACCUCUAUUACACGCCCGCGGGAGACGGUGAAGGCCCCCAUAGCAUUGGCCAAAUAAAAAAAUUUACAAUUCAAAAUAACACUGCUCUUGAGACAGUUUACCGAUUCAACGUGGGCGGGAAGGGCAUCUCACCCAAAGAUGACUCUGGCUUGUUCCGGACGUGGUCUGGCGGCGAUUACGAUUUCAUAUUGACGCGAACUUUCGUCCCUAAUGCUGACCCGUCAGUUAAAAUAAACUAUACAAAAGUGCCACAAUACACUGCACCACCAGAAGUGUAUGAGACAGCCCGUACAUUGGGUCCAUAUGAAGGCAACGAGAAGUUUAAUUUAACGUGGAAACUCCCAGUUGAUUCGGGGUUCAUGUACUUGGUUAGGCUUCACUUUUGUGAAUUCCAACCAGAAAUUGCAACCAUCGGAGACAGACCGUUUAUUAUCUACAUAGAUAAUCAAACAGCCGACAGUGCUGCAGAUGUCAUCAAAUGGAGCGGCGGUAAUAGCAUUCCCGUCUACAGGGACUAUGUUCUGAUGACACGGGAAGAAAGAAACGGAGAUAAGCAUUUUGUCUUCAUAGCUUUAAACCCUAACGUUGAGCUGGGUGGAUACACUGAUGUAAUACUGAAUGGGCUGGAAAUGUUUAAAUUGAACGAUUCUAUUGGCAAUCUUGGCGGAUCAAAAGCGAGACUUCCGGCCACCAUGACGCCAAAUAAGCCGCCUCAACCCGGGCCUAAGACAUCAAAGACAAAUAAAGCAUUGGUCGUUGUGAUUGUGGGGAGCGUUAUGGGUGGGUUUGCGCUAUUGUUUCUUUUGUAUUGCGCUAUUUUUUCGCGAUGGAGGACAGGACGAGGCCAUAGUUUACACGGGAGAACCUUAUGUUGGUGGUGGCCGCCCUACAAAUCAGACUCAAUCGGGGAGAAAUCUUCAUCUAUACCUGAUAAACUAUGCCGUCACUUUUCACUUUCCGAUAUUUACGCUGCGACCAACAAUUUUGAGACUGUCAUAGGUAAAGGGGGUUUUGGAACUGUGUACAAAGGUUGUAUUGACGGCGAUAAGGAGGUAGCAGUUAAGCGGUCGUUCCAACAGAGAAGUCAUGGAGCUGCGGCUUUCGCAAAUGAGAUCAGGAUGCUGUCCCAGAUUCACCAUCUUAAUCUCGUGUCUCUGAUUGGGUAUUGCAACGAAGGCAAGGAAAUGAUCCUUGUGUAUGAGUACAUGGUCAACGGGACACUCUCUGAACAUCUCUACGAAACAGAUAAUGAUCCUCUUAUGUGGAGACGAAGGCUUGAGAUAUGUAUUGACGCGGCUCGUGGGUUAAACUACCUUCACCGUGGAACGGCCCAAACGAUCAUUCAUCGCGACGUGAAGACCACCAACAUUUUGCUUGACAAGGAUUGGGUUGCAAAGGUUUCUGAUUUUGGGUUGUCCAAAAUGGGAGGUCCUUAUAGCAUGCCCGAUGCUUCAAUCAGUACUGGUUUGAAGGGUACGCCGGGCUAUCUGGAUCCUGAUUACGCUCAUCGGAGGCGUUUGACGGAGAAAGCAGAUGUGUACUCAUUUGGUGUUGUACUAUUUCAAGUGCUUUGCGCUAGGAAAGCAGUGAACGAUGAGCUAGGCAGGGAUCAAGCCGUCCUAGCUUACUGGGCUAAAAAGAAAAUACUCGAGGGCACCCUGGGUGAAAACAUUGAUCCGUAUCUAAUGGGAAAGAUAGCGCCGGAGUGUUUUAGAAAAUUCGUAGACAUCGCUAGAAGCUGCGUGCGUGAUCGCGGAGACAAUCGUCCGUCAAUGCUUGACGUGGUGGGUAACCUUGAGCAUGCCUUUGAGUUGCAGGUAAGUGCAGAGGCCUCGAACCAGGAUUUUCCAGACUUUCACCAGCUGGACUUAUUUCCGCAUAGUGGAAGUCUCGAUGAGGGCACACUGGAUUCAGGUGAUAGUGGGUUUAGCAGGACCACAGCUACUGCUACUGGUACCACCAGUAGUGCUGGCUUCAGCAGUUUGCCUAGUAAUUCUGAUUUUGAUUGCACAACCUCGUCUAAUGAUCGAAAGAAAUAAGAAUUUAGAAUAUCUAUUACGUGUGGAGGAUUUAAUUUUGUAUACAUAUAUAAUGGAAGAUUAAUAAUAGCAUCGCUGAUCUUGAGGGUGGUGCAAAAGGAUAGGCGCGUGUGCUUGUUGUAUUGCGUACCACAUUCUUGUAGUUUGGUAUGCAUUCAUGCGGGGUUUGAUUUGCGUGUUGUCGUGGUAGACUUUAGUUUGUCAGACUGCAAAUUGUAAAGUGCAAUGAACAAACAUUUGGGUGGUGUUCA